CCGGGCUCCGGGCGCGCUGGUCGGCUCCACUCUGCGGCCCCAGUCGCCUCGCGUCCUCGUCGUCCCGCGUCCCCGCCGGGGGCCAUGGGCCCGCGCCGCGAGCGCCGUCGCCGACCGCAAGCACCCGAGCCCCGGGGCGGGCGCUGACGCGGGCACCGCUGCCAACUUCGCGCGGAGCUGCGGGCGGCGCGGGCGGCAUGAAGACGAGCCGCCGCGGCCGAGCGCUCCUGGCCGUGGCCUUGAACCUGCUGGCGCUGCUCUUCGCCACUACCGCCUUCCUCACCACGUACUGGUGCCAGGGCACGCAACGGGUGCCCAAGCCUGGCUGCGGCCAGGGCGGCGGCGCCAACUGCCCCAACUCGGGCGCCAACGCCACGGCCAACAGCACAGCCGCCCCCGUCGCCGCGAGCCCGGCCGGCGCGCCCUACAGCUGGGAGGCGGGCGACGAGCGCUUCCAGCUGCGCCGGUUCCACACUGGCAUCUGGUACUCGUGUGAGGAAGAGCUCGGUGGCCCGGGUGAGAAAUGUCGCAGCUUCAUUGACCUGGCCCCAGCUUCAGAGAAAGGGGUGCUGUGGCUGUCGGUGGUCUCCGAGGUGCUCUACAUCCUUCUGCUGGUGGUCGGCUUCAGCCUCAUGUGUCUUGAGCUCCUCCACUCCAGCAGUGUCAUCGACGGGCUCAAGCUCAAUGCCUUUGCUGCCGUCUUCACGGUGCUCUCAGGUCUCCUGGGAAUGGUCGCACACAUGAUGUACACACAGGUGUUCCAGGUCACCGUGAGCCUCGGUCCUGAAGACUGGAGACCUCAUUCCUGGGACUAUGGGUGGUCCUUCUGCUUGGCCUGGGGUUCAUUUACCUGCUGCAUGGCGGCAUCCGUCACUACGCUCAACUCCUAUACCAAGACAGUCAUUGAGUUCCGGCACAAGCGCAAGGUCUUUGAGCAGGGAUACCGGGAGGAGCCGACCUUCAUAGACCCUGAGGCCAUCAAAUACUUCCGGGAGAGGAUUGAGAAGGGGGACGUGAGUGAAGAGGAAGACUUCCGUCUUGCCUGCCGCCACGAGAGAUACCCCACCCGGCACCAGCCACACAUGGGAGACUCUUGGCCACGGAGCUCAGCUCAUGAGGCAGCAGAGCUAAACCAUCAGUGCUGGGUCCUGGGGCACUGGGUGUGAUGUGGCCCAAGCACCCCUGCCUUCCUGCCACCACUGGCACAGCCCUCCCACAGGACAUGGAAGCCUGGUCUCUGUGCUGUGGACUCAGCUCUCCUGUCAUGGAGACACCAGGCCUAGACUGCCACCGCUGCCUGGGCCUUGGGGCCCCAGAAAUGGGUCAAGCAGGCCCGAGGGACUGUCCAGGUGGCACAGAGACUCAGAGACAGCGGCCACCACUACACCUAGAGCCCCACCCAGCUGGAAAGCCAGGAAGAACACUGGUAUGGACCACUGGAUGCUGGACACCCACAGCCAGCCACAAAGUCAAGCAGGUGCCCAGAGGGGUGGGGUCCUGUGGGGACGGGGAAGAGCUUAUUGAGGAGGAGGCAGUAUCUGCCUCUGCAGGGUCCACACAGCAGGCACACAGCAGGGGCUCAGUAAGUGCUUGUUGAAUCUGUUCUCUUGCUAUGUAUGGGCUGGCUCCCCCCCAUCGUUCCCUUACCCCAGAAGUAAUGCCCUGGGUACUGAGAUCAGGGCCAAAUGUUUUGGAUGAACUAGAGUCUAGCCCGGCCUGGGAAAGAUCAAGAUGGAGACAGGUGGCCAGAGCAAGAGGGGAAGGCCAGAAGCUAGAAGCAGCACAUGUGUCUGGGAACUUCAGUACUGUGACAUCACCCUGACCCCAAGGAUCCUUUACCCUGUGUCUAGGGCCACUUUUCAGAAAACCUCCAGCUCAGCUUCCUUGGGGGGGGGCGGUGAUUCCUGCCUUGACUAUGAGAGCUUGGGUCUAGAAAAGGAAGUUUCUUGCUUGAGACUAGAGGUGACAUGUGAGACUGUGAGUUUAAACCAAACUUGCUCCAAGUUUAGUCUCCCAAGAGCCUAAUAAGGAUUGGCAGGCAGAGGCAGAACGUGGUCUUCUUCAUUCGUCCACCCAUUGCCCAUCCAUGACCCACCAUCCCACCUGGAAGCUACUUAGUCAGCCUUCAGCCUCUAUCAUGUACCUAGCCACUCAUCUGUCCAUCCACUCAUCCAUACAUGAUCCAUCCACUCACCAUCCAUCCAUCCAUCCAUCCAUCCAUCCAUCACCCACUCACCCAUCCAUGUAUCAUGACCAUUUAACAAAUGUCUAUCCAUCAUCCAUCUGUCCAUCCAUCCGUCCGUCCAUCCAUCCAUCCAUCCAUCCAUCCAUCCAUCCAUCCAUCCACUCAUGUUUCAUCCAUCUAAUCAUUCACCCAUUUAGCAGGAUAUAGCUACUCAUCACCUAUCCAUACAUGCAUUAAUCCAUCCAUCCAUCCAUCCAUCCAUCCAUCCAUCCAUCCAUCCAUCCAGCAUCCAUAUAUCCUCAAUUACCCAUUCACCCAUGAUUCAGCCAUCCAUUAUCCAUCUGUCACUGUCAUUCCUUCCCUUGCCAAUCAUCUAUUCACUCACCCGUGCUUCAGCCAUUUUCAUCAUCCAGCUAUCUAUCUGUUCAGCUGUCUGCACACGGGUGUCAUCUAUUGUGCCCCUACUGUGUGCCACACAGUAUAGCAGGCCCUUGAGAUGGAACACUGAAGCUUCCAGUAAAGCAGACAAGGGGUGGAAUGGGAGGUGACAGUUCAGUGUAUGAGUGCUGGGUGCGGUGCCUGCUCUGGAGACAGACUGCCUAGCAUCAGAUCCUGUCUCCUCAGCUCUGGUGGCCUGAGAUGGGACUCUUCACUGUACCUACCUCUUAUAGUUGUUGGGGUGCGGUGACCCAGGCUGGUGCCAGUGAGCACAGGGAACAGAGUCUGGACCAUGGAAAGCACCCCACCAUCGUGCCAUCGAGGAGAGUUGGGGCCGUGGGUUUGAGGCAGUGCCUGCUGGAGACCACCUGAAGGAUUGGUGAUCAAGGAAAUGACAUCCCAGCCAUCUUGCUGAUAUCAGGUUGUGGAAGGAAGGACAGGAUGGGAGAGGGCUUUCAAAUGGCCCAAAGGCAAGCACGGAGGGAAAGGAGGUCUGUGGGGGGCAGAACCAGACUACAGAGUGCACUCAAAGCUUCAUUGGGGACCUGUAGCUUAUCCUGGGGACAGCUGGGUGCUCUGGGCAGGGUGGGACAGGCCAAGGUGAGGUGUGUAGUCUAGAAAGUCACCACGGCUCCAGGCUACAAGAGAUGAUAAAGGCAGGACUCUGGUGUCCUUGCAGGGCCCUGUGUGUGAGGAGAGCGCUGUGGGUGAGGAAGGAGGCCCACGGGGGAUCUGGUGGCUGACUUAGGGGCGAAGAGGAGGACUUGGAAUGGGAAGAGAGGGCUUAAGAUGCUGUCCUAUGUCAGGCAGGGCACAUAGGGGCUAAGGAUGACUCCAUGCUCCGCGUGCAGGCACACCUGUGCUGUCACUCUGAGAACACAAACACUCUGAGAACACCGCUUUGUGUUCUCAGUUGGUGUGGGAACCUCUGGGAGAGACAAAGUUGGCCUGGGCAGAGUCUUGCAGUUGUGAGGGCACCAGAAGAUCCAGUAUGGGGAGCUGUGGUACUGGUCUUUCCUGAGGGAGCACUGGGGUGGGCCUGAGCAUGGUCAUUGCUCUGGAAUCUGACCCUACCACCAGGAACUUUGUAAGUCUUAGUGGUCAUCCGGGGGCCCUGUGAAGUCGAUCAUGGGCUCUAGGAGGUCCAAGAAAUGAUUUUAGUUGACAAACUGCCAUCUAUUUUAAUAGCUGUGUUUAUGUAAAUGUGUAUUAGAAAACCGUGUAUGGGCGUGUCCACGCUCCAGGUGCAGGUGUUGCUGCGUAGAAUGAACCACAAUAGGCAUUUCAGUAAAAAGAGUUGGCUUAAAGAAAAAUACUAAAUAAAUAAUCAUG